UGAUCAUUCAGUUAGCGUACGCGUGCGCCUCGCCUUCGAUCCGCCGAUCCUCGCCGAUCGAUCUUCCAGAUUCAGAUUGAAAUUCCGAUUCCUAUCCGAACGUACCGGAAUUGUCAACAAAGGCAGCGGCGCCGGCGUCAGCAUCAUCGAUUCGAAUUGACGCUUCGUAACGUGUUUACGUUUCUAAGUCUGGCCUGUCCAUGUGUGUGUUAGUGGUGUAUGUGCGUUUGAGCCAGCCUGUUUGAGCCCGGAGUUUGUGUGUGCGCGCUUAAUUCGCGUACUCGUGUUGGUGCGUUUGUGUCGUCUAGCCGCUCUUGUUGUUGUUGUUGCAGUUUGGCUGGAAAAAGACAGUUUAUGCCCUAGCAAUAACAAAAACAAAAACAACUAGAGGCCGCUGUCGCUUGCUCAGCUGCCGUCGACGUCGGCGUUGACGUCGCAGCCUCUGCUGGCGCAUGUGAUCCGUCGUCGAUCCGCUCGCUAGUUGUUGCUAUUUAGUGUUCGUUGUGGUGUCGCUUGUUGUUGUUUUGAUCGGUUGCGUUCUGUAAUAUAUAGUUCGCCCAUUAUAAGUUACAUAUAUAUAGUGCAAAAAACCAUCAAAUGCCUGGAAGCAGCCGUUUGUGUCUGUCGGUGUGCCUGUAAUUGUUAUUUGUUGUAAAUUGCACACGCACACGGCAGAAGCCCGUAUAUAUACAUAUAAGUAUAUAUAUACAGUACAGUGGCAUCGCAUCUGCGGCUAUAGAGUAACUCAAAGCUAUAGCAUUCCAUUCCGUUCCCGACCGUUACCCCAAAUACACACGCACACGACACACACACACACCUACCCACCACACAUCAUCAUGGAAAUUUGGCGCUCGCUGACAGUGGGCACAUUCGUGCUCCUGGGGAUCCUCUGCUUCUAUGGCACAGUGGAGUCCUGCAACGAGGUCGUGUGCGCCUCGAUCGUCUCCAAGUGCAUGCUCACCCAGAGCUGCAAGUGCGAACUGAAGAACUGCUCCUGCUGCAAGGAGUGCCUGAAAUGCCUGGGCAAGAACUACGAGGAGUGCUGCAGUUGUGUGGAACUCUGCCCAAAACCAAAUGACACGCGCAACUCGCUGUCCAAAAAGUCUCAUGUGGAGGACUUCGACGGAGUUCCAGAGCUGUUCAACGCCGUUGCCACACCGGAUGAGGGCGACAGCUUCGGCUACAAUUGGAACGUGUUCACGUUUCAAGUGGAUUUCGACAAGUACUUGAAGGGUCCCAAGCUGGAGAAGGACGGACAUUACUUUUUGAGAACCAAUGAUAAGAACCUGGAUGAGGCGAUUCAGGAGCGCGACAACAUAGUGACCGUGAACUGCACGGUCAUAUAUUUGGAUCAGUGCGUAUCGUGGAACAAGUGCCGCAACAGCUGCCAAACAACUGGUGCCAGCAGCACGAGAUGGUUCCACGACGGCUGCUGCGAGUGCGUGGGCUCCACGUGUAUCAACUACGGCGUUAACGAGAGCCGUUGUCGAAAGUGCCCGGAGUCCAAGGAUUUGGGCGAGGAGUUCGAGGACGCUAUGGAGGAGGAGAUGCAGGACUUUGGCGACAGCAUGGGCCCCUUCGACGGCCCCGUGAACAACAACUACUGAGCGCAACAAUGCCAUUACACAACGAACAGAACAGAACGCAGAACAACAUUUAACAAAUUUAGCUACUCAAUUCAGUGACAUUAUUAUUAUGUAUGUAUGUAUGUAGUACGAAGUAAUAUUUGUAUAGCACUAUUAUUAUUAUUUUUAUUUACGAAAAUCGAAUAGGCGCUUUGAAUUGUUUUACUUAUUAAACCGGCCAAUAUAUAUACACAUA